AUGCUGGCUACGGGCCUGCACACCCAGCGUUGCCCCCACACGCUCGUUUCUGGUAAAGGAGAGGUAGGCGUAAAGGACGACACAUUUAGACAUACAGAGGACUGGAAAAGGCUGUCCAUUGCAAAAUGGACAGAGGAUCAAGUGAGCAUUCGCAAGAUCCAUGAACAGGAAGUCAAUGGAACAGCCCUUCUUGAAUUAAUGCUUGAAGAUCUCAUGUUAUUAAAUAUUAAACUUGGACCAGCUCGGGUAAUCAUCAACAAAAGGGAGCAGCUGUCUAAAUCGGUUAAGACUGUAGAUGUGCAAGAUGAAAAAAUGCAGCCACCUUUUACCAGAGAUAUAACAAGUGGGGCAGGGGCAUGUCAGGAACUAGAAAAAGAACCGCAAAUUGAAAAAGAAAAGGAACCCCCAUGCAAAAAAAUGUCAGAUAAUGAAAAUGAUGCAGAAAAACACUCAGACCGCCAUCACACUGAAGUUAAGGCAUCAUGCAGUCUGGGACCGCAGGAACUCCAGAGCCACCAAGAAGGACUCACAGCUGCAAAAGAGACCCUCAGCAGUCAUAAAGAUUCAGAGCAGGCAACGACUGGAAAGAUGCCUCUUGAAGAGGAUGCCGUAUCUGUUGUCAUGCCUAUGACAAAGAAGGACUGCAGACCGAGGCCAUUUGAAAAAGAAGGGAUUAACCACACAUAUAUCAAAUCCAAUGUCCUUUACCCAGAAACUGGCGCGUCUGAUCUGAUUUCACCAUGUCAUGAAUUCAAAUCAUUUGCCACAGCUGCUGAAUUGGACCGUACCAGACUACAGGCAAAGUUUGCGAGAGAAGUCCUCAAAUUUGCAACUGGAUGCAUGAAUGUGCGAUCAAAUGGCACAAUUCAUUUUGGAGUCAUGGACAGCAAAGAGGACAAAGGCUAUGUCCAUGGAGAAAUCAUUGGAAUACCAGUGCUAGAAAAAGACGUGUAUGUUGAUGCUCUAGAUUACAUCGAGAAUGGGAAAUGUUUCUCUGCUUUACAUUCUAACCAUGUAAGGCAGUGUGUCCGCCCACCUGAGUUUGUGAAAGUCAUUGACAUGGACACUGAUCAAAAGCGGUACGUUGUGGAAGUUGACAUUGUGCCCUCAAUAAACAUUGUGAAAUCCAUGACUUACGCUGUUCGUCUGCCUAACUUCAAUGAGAAGUCUAACAAGAUCAUAUAUGACAAAGGUGAGCGUACCAUCUUUCGUAGGGCUGGUGCAUCUAGCAAGCCAGUUGAUGAUCUAAAUGAGUUUUACACAAGGGUGCAGGAACGGGAUGCUCUAAGAGAAGAUGCUGAAAAUACACAGAGUCCCACUAAAGCAGAACCUUCCAAAGACUUGGGAAGAAAGCUCACAAUGCUUGUUACAAGAGGAAAGAAACACAUUGACAAGGGGGAGUGGUUUAUCCUGGUCACAAACAGAUUUGGCCAUGAAGAUCUCCAAAACAUUGAAUUCUUGCUGAAUAUGAAGCUCUUCAGUGUAUUUGACUUUGAUCCUCAUUCAAAUGUGUCUGGGUUCUGUCAAGAAUACCUGAAGCACCGUACUGCCAACUUGCACUUUUUACAAGAUUACAGAAUCCCAAGUGGAUUGACCAUGAAGGAAUUUGAAAGCCGCUUGUGUUUGUUUGACCAAACCAGUUGGAUCUUUUGCAAUGGUCGCAGUGAUUUCAAAGGAAAAGAGGCAAAUGAUGACAAGACAUGGUUCAAAACGAAAAAGACUCAGCUAAAAGAGUGUGUGUCACUAAUCUGCAAACAGAUACUGCCCAAAUGUACAUUCACACUGAUCUUCCUCCUCACCUCUCCAGUGGAAGAUCCUCUUCUACAUACCUACAGUGAAUUUUUCUCUGACAUGGAGGGCCAUGAGGACAUCAUCUUUAUAACAGAAUCUCAGGAUAACUUCGCAAAAUGGCAGAGCUUUGCAGGAGGUAGUUUCUGUGAUGGACAAACUGUAGCCCGUUCAAGUGUUGUGGGAAUGAAAAUGAGUCAUGUUAAUGAAACUCUUCAGCGCAUCCAAUCUGGAUCUAGAACUGCCAAACAUCUGCCCACAUAUGGAAGAGGGGAGUGUCUUCUUGACACUCGAGAAGAACAGAAAAUGUUUUCUCUCGAGAUUCUUUUUAUGGAUCACUGUGAUGAAACCAAAGAAGACGUCAUUGAAGCUGAGAAAGAAAGCAUUGAACAGCACUUCUACCAUGGAGGAAAAGUGAGCUGGAUGAACUUCUGGCUGGCAGAAAAGAAGCAUGUUGGGGAGGUUAUUCAAAGGGAUGCUUACCAUGAAAUCUUGAAUCUCCUUAGUGACUCUCUCAAGACCAACACAGACGCUACGACCACUCAUGGCCUCAAUAUAUUUCAUCACCCAGGCAGUGGUGGGAGCACUGUUGCUCGCCAGGUCUUAUGGAACAACAGGAAAAAACUCAGAUGUGCUGUUGUGAAGCCAUCAUACUCUGCCAUCGCGGUUUCUGAACAUGCUUAUCUGCUUCGAAGGUAUGACGAAAAUGACAGUCUCAAAUGUUUACCAGUUGUUCUGCUUGUGGAAGACUGUGACGACGACUUUUUAUGUGACUUGAAACAUGAGUUUGAAGUUGCUGUGAACAGAGAAAAAACUCAGAGAACAUUGUGCUUUAUCGUGCUGAGCUGCAGACGAUCCUAUGGCCCAGAAAAAAUGUGUAAGGAGUCACCUCUACAUAAUGUGUCGGUCACCCACAAACUAUCAGAUGAGGAGAAGAGGCAGUUUGCCGGCAAAAGGAAGACACUUGAAAAGCAGUACAAACCAGAGUUCAUCUUGACAUUUGUACUGAUGAGUGAAGGCUUUGACCAGAAGUAUGUGGAACAGUUUGUAAAAAAUUUGCUCCAAGGUAUUGACCAUGACCACAUUGUCACUUGCAUUAUCCGCUAUGUGGCACUGCUUAACACUUAUGUGCAGAAUUCUUUCCUUUCUCAAUCCCAUUGUGAGGCACUGCUAACUAAUCAUGGAAUGUUUGAAUGGCACCCGGCUACGGAAAAGGAAGAAUUUCGUCGCCAUGCCUUUGAGAAUGCACUGACUGAGCAAGCCAGAUUGGUUUUUGUACACCUACAGGAUGAAAGAACAAAUAUCAAAUCCAUCAGAGUCAUUCAUCCCUUAGUAGCGAAGGAAAUCCUUCAGCAGCUUUUGCAUAAUAACAAAGAGGAAAGUGGGCUGGCUCUGGAACUUCUCAGUGAUGACAUCUUAUUUGACCACAGGUUUGAUAGAUAUGAUUAUGUGAAGUUUCUGCGAGACCUUUUCAUGAGGCGAGAUCAAGUCAACAAAGGAGAUGAGGCAGACAGCUUCUUCUCCCCCCUCAUUGAGCAUGUCAGAGAUACCGAAACUGUGGAGAAGGCUAUUGAUCUUCUCAAAGAGGCAUACAGGCGUUUUGACAAAGAUCCCCUGUUUGCACAGCACCUAGCACGUCUGAACUACAGCCAAGACAAGUUUGAAGAAGCGGAACACUGGGCUGAACUGGCUGCCAAAAAGUCACCUAACAACCCAUUCAUUCUUCAUACCAAAGGCCAAGUGUACAGGAAAUGGUUCUAUGCAAAGGUGGCAGGAAUAAAAAAGGAGAGCAAAAGUAUCAAUGCGGUCAGAAUCACAGAUGCUGUUGGAACAGCUGUCAAAGCUAUGGAUUGCUUCCAGGACUGUCAGACAGCAGCUAUUAAGGAUGCUGAAUCUAUGAACAAUGCAGGAUUUUUUGCAGCAGUCGAAGUUGGAUGUCGCCUUUUACAGCUUUUUUCCCACUCAUCUGCAUUUUCAAACAAAAUAGAAGGCAUGAAAUAUCUGCUCACUGACUACAUUCCAGAGGAGGUAAAGGAACCAUGGGAACAUUUUCAUAGCAAACUCAAGGGUUUACAUGUCAUCAUUCGAUCAGCUCUGGAGUGGAUAUCAGAGGACCUGAGCUACUUUCAGACAGACCCAGGUGCUGACGAAGAGGAGACAGAGGACCCAGUCAAACAUCCUAAAAUGUGGCUGCUGACAAAGUCAGCUGAGUAUGGAAAAUAUUUUGGUGACUCUUUUCCUAGUCCUCAUUCAACUUCAAACAUUCCACCUCCCACUUUGAUACGCAUGAAAAUUUACCAACUUGGUGGUGGGAACAUGACUAGCAUUUUCUCCAUUUUGACUGAUUCUAAACAAAAAAAUAAGGUCAAAGUUCUGGAGGAACUCAUUUGUCUCUACAAACAAAAGGGACAGACGGAUCAAAUGGAUUUGGUCAACCACAUAGCCUGUCACAUUGCUCUGAGUUGUCUCUCAAAUCAGUCACAAGUGUUGAUUUCUCUGAAAGAGCUCCAAGAUCUUAGUCAGAAGUUCCCCAAGGAUAAGCAGAAGUGUCAGCCAAAUGCUCUCUUCUUACUCACUCUCCUAUUCUGGCCUGAAGAGCAUGAGAGAGAAGAGGACAAAGAGAAGAAAUAUAAAUUUGUCUUAUCUGUGGUGAAAUUUCUUACGACCUGCUACCAUGAUAAAAUGAAGGACAUUCCCCUAAAGAGAAGAAGAAUCUACACCCAUUUUUUCUUGGGGAAUGGGAAGGGAUUGGCAAAGAUCGUUCACAAGAGCAAAGUGGAAAUAACUACAAAAUCUUUGCCAGUCACUGAAAAGAGAAUGAGAUGGUACCAUGGAGAGGGAUGGAAGUUGCCAGAGACUGCUAAGCUGCUGAGAUCCGUUUCUGGAAGGACAGAAAGCCACAGUAUCUAUUUAGCAGGCCCUCAAAAUCUGGACUUCAUGGUCCCUGCCCAAAACAUGGCGUCUUUGCCUAAAAGCAAUGAAAAUGUCACUUUUUACUUGGGAUUCACAAUGAGAGGACCCAUGGCAUAUAAUGUCACUAAAGUGGGUGAGGAGUGA